AUGUGGAAGAUUAUAGUUCUACUGGUGCUUUUAGUAACUAUUACCGCGGCGAAGCUUCUUGAUGAUGGAAAACCGGUUAGUAUCUUGAAAAUGGCUAUCGCAUGUCAUCAUCAAUGCAUGCAAGACCGAAGCCUGCUUCCCAAACUCGUGAUGAGGAUUAUGCACGUGCGAUAGGCAUAGAGCAAGUCUGUGAAGGAGGUCAGCGGCAAUCUCGUUCCCAGAAUCCUCGUUUAGAUUCGUAAUUGCUUAGGUCUGCUCAUGCGCCAAAGUUGCGUUCUAUCCAUCAUCUUUCAAGCUAUAAAACUUAGGCUAAAGACGAGCCAAGAGAUUCGUCAGACAAAAAAAAUAUAUAUGAAAGAAAUAUAUAGUGAUUGCUAUCAGGUUGGUCUGCCAAUUAAGCAGUUUAUUUACGCUCAAGAGACAUGAUGAAUUGAUGUCCGAUAUUACUAUUUUUCAGUGCUUGGGUAAAUCUUGUUGGUUGGACAGCGAAUGCCCGCAGUGUUCUGAAACUAAACAGGUCAUUUGCCAUUAUGGAACUAACACGUGUAGGGAGAUAGAGUUUUGGGAUAAAAUCAUCAGAAGAAAACCGGUGAGUUGACCCUUACUCGUAAAAUCCACCGUUAAGUAGAACAAAGAAGAGAACCGUUUAGGCCUUGGUAAGGUUAAUUUAGAUGACUUUAAAACUGAGGCUUCUGUUGAACGGUGCCAUGUAGAUACAUCACUGUUCAAAGUUUUAACUUGUUUUUAUUCGGGGGCACAGUGGAAGACCUUGAGAUAUGUCAAUAACGCUAAAGAAUUUUAGAGAUAAUCUCUCGAAAGGAAGUGUUUUCGCCGAGAAGACCGCAGGAAGGCUUCGAUAAAAGCGACUUUCGCAAUAGAGAAGGAAAUUUACACUGCAAGCGCCUGUGAAACACUCUUCCUUGUCUAGUUAACACCAGAGAAAGAAAAAAAGAACGAAAUUCUGUUCAAUGGCACCUCCUGUCUGCCCCGUUAUUUUAUCAUGUUGGCACGUGGCACCGAGUAUUGACUUUACAGGCUACACUUUGAAACAUCUCAAAUUUAGUUGUGAUAGCACUUUUUAAGUUCCAUCGUUGUAUUUAUCACCGCGUGGGCGUUUUCGAUGGGUAGGAGAGGUGGGGGGUUGCAAUGGAGAGGAAUGAACAUGGAUUUACAUUAAUCCAGCACUUCGCUUUUUAUCCUUUAGGCUUAUCAUUGUUCAUCUUUUUUUUCUAUCAGUGCCACCGAUAUUUCAAGAGUGCAUGUAGAGUUACAGCUGACUGCCAUUGUGAUGGAAAACUGAUCUGCGAGGAUAACGAAUGUGUUGUAAACAGGACGAAUGAAGACAUUAGAUCACGAAGACAUUGA